AUGGGAAUUGAGAUUGAAUCAAAUAAUGCAGAAUCUGGAGAAACUUCCGUCCAUUUAUGGUCAACCAUUUUAAAGGAAGUUGCAAACGCUCGUAUUGGAAGAAUACCCCAUGGUAAAGGUAUUAUUGUCCUUGGGGACAACGGAGCCGGGAAAAGUACACUAAUUAGCCGUUUAAGUCACAAAACUGUUCCUCCCAAAACACCUGGCCUUGAAUAUCACUAUAUUGAUAUUCGGGAUGAAGCGACAGACGGUACUUCAGCCUUGCUUUCUGACGUUAUUUUAGAUCAAACUAAGUUGAAUGCAUGGGUUCUGGAUGGUGAUCCGCUUUUUGUUCCAUUCUUGAAGUUUACUCUGGAUAGUAAGAACUUCACUGACCGGGUGGUCGUUAUCGUUGCUGACAUGGAUCGACCAUGGAAUAUAAUGGAAGUCUUAGAGAAAUGGUCAAAGGUACUUGAGGAUUACAUUCAGAGCAUCGACAUUGAUGUAGAGGACAUGAGGGAAUAUCAAGAUAAUUUGAUACGUCAAUUUCAACAUUACGUUGAGACGGAUGCACUGCAUCUACACUCAGCAGCAACUAAUGGUAGUCCAAUGACUCCCGUAAGGGGUUCUUCAAAGUCGUCAGGUGCCAUGGCUACUUCAACUCCCACUCAAUCAGGUGCGUCUUCUUCUGGUUUGCAUCCUGCCACUGCAGCUCUUCUCGGUUUGGGUGGGCCAAAACAGCAAGAGGAUAGCGUUUCUGAUGAUGCUAUUGACGGUGAUAAGAAUGCAGCUGUGAACAGCGUGGCGUUGAAUGGAAAGAUAUCUAAGCAAAUUAGAAAUCCAUCGGAUGUACUGAAAGAACUGCCGAUCACUCCUGGUGCUCUUACAAACAAUCUCGGUAUCCCAAUGAUAGUUGUGGUUAAUAAGACUGAUGUUAUGGACGACUUGGAGAAAACCAGAGGAAUGACGGAAGAACAAUUCGAUAUUAUCCAAAUGCAUAUACGUCGGUUCUGCCUUUCAUAUGGUGCCUCUUUGAUCUAUGUCUCCGCAAAGAAUGGAAAAAAUUGCGGUCUACUGAAUAAUUAUAUACAGCAUCGUGUUUAUGGUUUCCCAUUCACGCAAAGCGCUUACGUAAUUGACAAGGACAGUGUUUUCAUUCCUACUGGUUGGGACAGUUUGAAAAAGAUCAGCCUACUUGAACAGAACCUAACCCGAUACAAACCUGGAGAUGACUACUCUACGGUUGUUCCAAAACCCACUGGACAAACAAGUGUCUUAAAUGAUGAACCUCAUGUUACCUCUAUGGACGAUCAGGCAAGCCUUUAUCAUUUUCAUCUCUAUACUGUUCUGCAACGCGAUGCUGUGACAAGUGGUGCGGGUGAUACAGGAAAUGAUUCUUCAAUUCACGACCAGUCAUCAAUUCUCGAUGGUUCUGGCACGCCCACAAGUCGACCUUCAUCUGGUUCAGCUACCCGUGGGCGUACUUCGGGAGCAGGUGUUGCCGGUGCGCUUUCAGGCAGUUCGUCGGAGAAAGUACUUGCCAGUUUCUUCAACAAUCUCCUCAGCAAAGGUCCAUCAGCUCGUCAAGCGCCUUCAAUGCCACCCUCCUCCUUGGCCGGACAAGCAGCACCUUCUGAAGUAGCCAACGGUCAAAGUGAGGUCUCAAAUAUGACCGCCAAGGAGAUGCAAUCCGAGCUAGAACGCCUUGCACGAACAUCCAAGGAGGCUUUGGACAAGUCCCAAGGAAAUUCGGAGAAAUCUCCAGCCACUGGAAAGUCAUAA